CCCCCCCUCAGGCCUCCACUCCCUGAAGGACCCCCGUGUGGCCCCAGCAGAGAGCCCGCAGCCAGAGGGAAUGGCCCCCGGGACCCCGAGGCCCCCCUCCCAGGAGUCAAUAACAUUCAAGGAUGUGGCUGUGAACUUUACCCAGGAAGAGUGGUGCCUAUUGGACCAUUCUCAAAAAGAGCUGUACCUGGAGGUCAUGCUGGAGAACGAGCAGAAUCUAUUCUCUGUGGGGCUUCCAGUUCCUAGGGAACAUUUUAUCUCCUGUCUUCAGCAAAGAAAAGUACCAUGGCUGCUAGAACAAAAAUGCCCAAAGAGCUCCUGCCCAGAGGCAGAGACUAAUUUUGAAGUGAAGGAGAUGUCUACAAAGCUGAGGCUUUUUGUGGAAGGAUCUGGCCCCCAAAGAUGCAUGAAUGAGGGUCCCCAUAACUUCAUUUUGAGAGAAAUCUGUGACUCUAAUAUCAAGAUAAAUAAAAACCUAAAGAGUGACUGUGAAUUUGAUGACGCGUAA